AUGGCCGCUCCACUUCUUUUUCUUCUGCUCCUUCUUCCUCUGGCUGCCUCCCCUGUCUCAUCGGCUGCCAUCAGACCGGCUCCCAAGACCGGCAAGUUCGUCACCAAAGAGCUCCAGCUCCGUAGGACAAUCAACAAGUCCGUCAAGGAUUACAUGGAACAUAGGGCGCAGCAGGGCCUAGCGGAAACAGGCCGCCCCGGGCAGCGCAAGGACGGCCAGCAGACGGGCAGCGCGGCGGGGCACAGCUACAGCCUCUUCAUCUUCGACCUCUCCGUCGGGACCUCGCCGCAGACCCUCCCCGUCAUCAUGGACAUCACCACCGACCUCGUAUGGGCGCAAUGCGAACCCUGCCCCUCGUGCUCAACGCUGUCGCCGCCGCCGACGCCAUCGUUCCUGCCCCAAAACUCCAAAUCCUUCGCCGAGGUUGGCUGCACCACCCAGACUUGCCAGCGCAUGAGCAAGCACGACUGCGCCAGGAACGACCUCUGCAGGUACACAACGGACUAUAUGUCCGGCUUCCUCGCCACCGACACGUUCAGCUUCGGGAACAUCACGGGACCGGGACGUGCAGACGUCCCGGGCGUGGUGUUUGGCUGCAGCGGCAACAUCACGUUGCCGGAGCUCGACGGCGUCUCCGGCUUCGCAGGCUUCAGCAGGGGGCCCCUCUCCCUCGUGUCGCAACUCAACAUCUCCAGCUUCACCUACUUUAUCGCGCCUCCCGAUGACGCCGCCGGCAAGAGCUUCGUCAGCUGGAGCUGGGGCGGCGCCGCCGCCGCCGACGAUGCCACCGCGGUGCCGACAGAGUCUACGGGGCACAUGGGCAGCAGCAGCACGCCGCUGCUUGCGGCCACAAAAACCCAAAACCCUUACAGGUACUACGUCAAUCUCACCGGCGUGCAGGUCGACGGCCAGCUCCUGACGGCCAUCCAGGCGGGGACCUUUGACGCCCAGAGUUCCGGUGGGGUGUUCCUCAGCACCAUGCUUCCCGUCACCUACCUCGUCGAGGCCGCGUACAAGGUCCUGAGGCAGGAGGUCGUGAGCAGGGUCCAGUCUGAGGGCGUGACCCCGGUGAACGCCUCAGACGGGGACCUGUGCUUCCUCACGGAGCACUUUGACAAUGCCAAGGUUCCAACGCUCGCGCUUCUGUUCGGCGGCGCUGACGCGGCGAUGGAGCUCAAGGUGGAGAAUUACUUCUUGGACUUCGGCGACGGGUACACGUGCCUCACCAUACUGCCGUCGCCCCACGGCUUGCGGGGCUCGGUCCUCGGCAGCCAGCUGCAGGCAGGCAGGACGAUGACCUACGAGAUCCACAACGAUGGCGGCGGCACGCUCAAGUUCGAGACAUUCAAGGCGGCAGCGGCUGCGCCCGCGCCGGUGAAGGUGCCGCUCAUGAUAAUGGCCACUCUUCUUCUCUGGGCGCUCCUCUAA